UUUCGGCGGGUUGGGAACUUUGUAUUUUCUAUCUAUACUGUAUCGCUCUCACCCAAAUGACAGAAAUGAGCAAUAGAGAAAUUAUUCAGGAACUUCUUGGCAGAGUUACAGAGCUGUCUGAAAGAAUAUCACCUGACGUGGACAGUUCUGUAAGGUCAGAAGUGAGAACUAUAUUUGGACGGCAUACGACCGCUUUGAAUUUGCCAAAUGCUGAAACGAGUCGCCAGAGAGAAUUAACGCAUCACCCUUAUCAAAUGGCAUCAACAGCCACAAUAGAGAAUCGCCUCCCAAUUAGAAGAAAUUCAACCACUGCAUUUCAAUCGAGGCGCUAUUUUCCCGCAAGUAGACCUGCUGCAAGAAGCCGAACAAGGCGAACUCGUUCAUCAACAGCAAUUGAUAACAGGCCAUUUUUGAGAGAUUUAAUCCUAUUAAGCGGCCCCAAAGAUAAUACAGUUCCACGGCAAGGCACUCGGCUGAUGUUGGUAGAAAAUGGACACAUGAUUUCAGGUUGUCGGUUUUCAAAAGAUUUGUCAGCCGCUGCUGUCGAAACUAAUAUAAUGAUGGCCUUUGAUGGAAAAAUUCCGCAUGGUACAGAUAUAGAACUGUUAACAUCGGUACAUUCCACUCUGGUUGCGCCAACAUUAGCCCCUGGUCAGACAUUGGAUGGUGUUAUCCUCCACAGAUUAUACGCACAAAAGCCAGUGUAUGUACGACCUAGUGUCCAGCUGCUUAACAUGGGAAAUGCAACAAAGGAACCAGGCAGCAAUUCUAGUGAAGGUAAAAUACAUAGAUUGGGUAAAAGCAAGGGAUCUUUCCACAUUUGUCAUAAGAGAGGAUCAAGUGAUUGUACACUAAAAUAAUGUAAAAAGUAUUUUUUUAAAUUCAAACAAACUUUUUUUACAAUUGUUUUUUUGUGACAGUAAUAUGUCGAGGUAUAUCAUUUUAUAUUCUUUCUUUUAGCAAAUCUAUAUAAAUUUUCAGAAUUAAGAAACUUAAGUCAUGACUAUUGUUCACCUUGAUUAAAUUAUUCAUAUGAAUUCAGAUAAGACAGCUCUCAUUUGGGCACUUAGCUUUUAAAAUAGUUUAAUUUAAUUAUUGUAGUCUGCAUUCAUUUUCACAAGAUUUUAGUCACUCAGAAUUUUUAUUCUUUAUAA